AUGGCCUACCAAAGCGACCAAGAGCCCAGAUCUCCCGAGAGAGAGGUUGAGAAGGGAGACGAUGCAAGUAGCUCAGACGAGGAGCCCAGUCGAUCCAAUACGGAGGCAGACCCUGAUAUGGGGAUCGAACAAGACUAUGGCAUCACUCAAAUUGAAACAGGAACGGAGAGACAGCAACCACCAGGUACUCGCUCGGCUCUAGACCGUGUAUUGAGUCGUACUUCAGUUGCCGACAAAGAUCCUGGACCUCCUCCGGAUGGCGGAUUCUGGGCAUGGUCGUCAGCCAUCGCUGGCCAUAUCAUGAUGCUCAACUCAUGGGGAUACAAUAGCUCCUUUGGCGUCUUCCAAACCUACUACACCAACCAUCUUCCCAAUCCCGCAAGCCAGAUCAUCUGGAUCGGCUCCGUCCAGAUCGCCGCCUUGUUCUUCAUUGGUACCUUUGCCGGUCGUUUAACCGAUGCCGGAUACUUUCGCGCUACCUUUGCUGCAGGUUCCGUCCUGACCCUUCUCGGAGUCUUCAUGACUUCCCUCAGCGACACCUUCUGGAAACUUCUCCUCGCGCAAGGACUGUGCACCGGUUUGGGCAACGGUCUGAUGUUCACCCCCAGUCUGGCUGUCGUUUCGACAUACUUCAAGAGGCGACGCGCAUUGGCUUUUGGCAUUGUCUCUACAGGAAGCCCCGUCGGUGGACUCAUCUUCCCUUCAAUGGCAAGACAGCUUCUCGGCAGGAUUGGGUUUGCUUGGACGGUUAGGGCUAUAGGUUUGGUACAGCUGGUAACCUUGAUCAUGGCGAAUUUGCUCCUCCGCCCAAGGCUACCACCAAGAAAGGCUGGUCCUUGGGUUGACUUUGCCUCCUUCAAAGAAAAGGGGUACCUGUUUUUCGCAAUUGGCAUCUUCUUUGUAUUCUGGGGCACAUUCUUUCCUUUUUACUAUAUGGCCUCCUUUGCAACAUCGCAACUGGACAAGCCCCUGGCAUACUCGGAUGCGCUGAAUCUUUUACUUGUCGUCAACGGUGUGGGAGUCAUAGGGCGAUCGCUUCCCAACGCCAUCGCGCAUCACUUUGGAAGCAUUACUUGCAUUAUACCCGCCUCGUUUAUCUCUUCUGUCUGCCUCUUUUCAUGGACUGGGGUAUCCACGGUCGGAGGGCUGUACGCUUGGGCUAGUGUCUACGGCCUGCUUGCUGGUGCUUGUAUGAGCCUGUACCCACCAGCCUUGUCGGACUUGACGACCGAUCGACUCUUACCGGACCUCCGAUUGCUGGAAUCAUCAUCAGACAUUAUGGAGGACAUUAUCUAG